CCCCUUUAAACCUCGAAGAAUCACACUUCACACGAAAAACCUCAGAGUGAACACAAUGGCAGCAAUGAAGCUCCUUCUCUCUCAAGCUCGCCGCCAAUCUCUCACCAGACCCUUCUCCUCCCCAUUCCCACAAAUCCACAAACUCUUCUCAUCUUCUCCAUCCUCAGAUCCGAAUCCAAACCCUCCGCCGCCGAAUGAAUCCCCCAAAAAGCUCGAGCCGGUGUCGUACGCCGCCAAACCCUCGGAAGAUCUUUCUCGCUUGACGCGAGAAGAGAUGCGAUACACGAAAGACUCUCCUUCGCUCGCUCCCGUCUCCUACGCGCAGCGCGUGGCUCCUCUCCCGGAGGAUCGCGUCGUGAGCGAGGAAGAUCGGGAGAGGACGCCGGAGGAGGUGGAGACGGAGAGGAAGAGGAUCGAAUCGGAGAAUCGAGCUAGGAGAAGGUUCUUGAGAGCUACAGCUGUGGAGGAGGAUACCUCUUCGCUCCCUUUGCCGACGCUGCUUAAGCCGGAGCUGAAGCAUGGGAAGAAACCUAUUUUCGAUCUCAUGGAGGCCAUUAGAGAGAUAAAGGGCAAUGCUAAGGCCAAGUUUGAUGAAACUCUUGAGGCUCAUGUGAGAUUAGGCAUCGAAAAAGGCCGAUCUGAGCUUAUUGUUCGUGGUACUUUGGCUCUACCACACUCUGUUAAAAAGGAUGUGAGAGUGGCUUUCUUUGCCGAAGGUGCUGAUGCAGAGGAUGCAAAGGCUGCAGGAGCUGAUGUUGUCGGUGGUCUUGAGCUUAUUGAGGAAAUCCUGAAAAGUGGCAAGAUCGACUUUGAUAGAUGUCUUGCAACUCCGAAAAUGAUGCCCCGUGUUUACAAGAUAUCAAGGAUUCUUAACAAUCAUGGUCUGAUGCCUAACCCCAAACAAGGGAGUGUGACCAAGGAUGUGAUGAAAGCAGUGAAAGACGCAAAAGCAGGACAUACCAAAUUCAGAAUGGAUAAAACUUCCAUUCUUCAUGUGCCACUUGGAAAGAUGAGCUUUCCUGAGGAUGCUUUGAGGGAGAACGUUGGUGCAUUCAUGAACGCCCUUUUGCUGGCUAAGCCUGCCGGAUUGAAAAAGACUUCAAAAUAUGCUGGUUAUGUGAAUGCAUUCCACUUGUGUAGCACGAUGGGAAAGGGUUAUCCGGUAUCGAUACAAUCGUUAUCUAGAGCAGCAGAUCACUACACCAAACUGCAGCUCAAGUGAUUGAGCAUAAGAUAAAAGCUUUGUUGUUGCAGGCGUUUUUGUUUUUUUUUGUUUUUUCGGGGGGAAGUUUUAUUACUUGUUUCCUAAUGCCGAAUCUUUGAAAACAGUGUUAUGAUUUUGUUGUUUACUAGGGGGUUAGUUUUUCCAUAGCUCAAUGGAUUGGAUCGGUUGAUACAAUCAAGUCAAAAUUCAUGUCUUAAUAAUGAUAUAUGACAAUGUUUAAAUUGCUACUCA